AUGUCAAGGAUAAAAGUUAACCAAUCAAAUUUUGACAUCACCACACACCUUCUUUUUGUUGCGUCCGUAAACACUUUUCAACAUUUGAAGAACCUAUACUAGGAUAAAACAACUUUUGCGGAUUAGCUGUUGUCUCAGUUUAACUAGAACAAAACCAUGCCUAACUUCCCACAAUACCUUACUCCAGAACAGGAGGAGGAGUUACGAUUGGUUGCAAACGCUAUUGUGGCCCCUGGUAAAGGUAUCUUGGCAGCUGAUGAGUCUACAGGUACUAUUGGAAAGAGAUUUGCAUCAAUAAAAGCUGAGAACAGUGAAGAAAACCGUCGGAGAUACAGAGAACUAUUGUUUGCCUCUGAUAAAGUUAUUGCGGAGAACAUUAGCGGUGUAAUUUUGUUCCACGAGACAUUGUACCAGUCAACAAAAGCUGGAGUACCCUUUGUUAAAGUAUUGAAAGAAAAGGGAAUUAUUCCCGGUAUCAAAGUAGAUAAGGGAGUUGUCCCCCUUGCUGGAACUGAUGGAGAAUCAACAACACAGGGUCUUGAUGGUCUAGCAGAAAGAUGUGCACAGUAUAAAAAGGAUGGAGCACAAUUUGCAAAAUGGCGAUGUGUUCUAAAAAUAGGAUCAGAAACUCCAACUUUCCAAGCUAUGUUAGAAAAUGCCAAUGUGUUAGCCAGAUACGCCAGCAUCUGUCAACAAAAUGGUUUAGUACCUAUUGUAGAACCUGAGGUUUUAUGUGAUGGUGAUCACGAUCUAUACACUGCACAAAAAGUUACUGAACAGGUAUUGGCAUUUACAUACAAGGCAUUGUCAGAUCACCAUGUAUAUUUAGAAGGAACUUUACUGAAACCAAACAUGGUGACCGCUGGUCAAAGUUGUUCUAAAAAAUUCACAGCAGAAGAAAAUGCUAAAGCUACAGUCCUGGCUUUAUCAAGAACUGUUCCAGCAGCAGUUCCAGGAAUAACAUUUUUGUCAGGUGGACAAUCUGAAGAAGAUGCAACCCUUAAUCUGAACGCUAUUAAUGUUUUUCCUGGUAGAAAACCAUGGGCACUAACCUUCUCCUUUGGAAGAGCCUUACAAGCCAGUGUCCUAAAGGCAUGGCAAGGCAAGGAAGAGAAUGUUAAGGCUGCCCAGGAACAGCUCAUUAGUAGGGCAAAGGCUAAUGGGUUAGCUGCCCUUGGACAGUAUAAAGGUGGUGUGUCUGGUGAUGCCGCCGGAGAAUCAUUAUUUGUUCCAAAACACACAUACUGAAAAGGAAUAUGACAUUUUUAACAUGUUCAAUGGGGGUUUUAAAAUUAGUGGUUUUCGUAUCUUUUGAAGGGGUUAUUUAAAUAUUAAACCAGGGUCAGUGAUUAUAAUUCUUUUGGGAAAAUAUUUUGUGAUAAAAUGCUUUUUUUUAUCAAGUGUAUUUAGAGGUAGAUUAAGUACAGCUUUAUAUUCAACUGACAAACUAAAACCUUAUACGAAAAAGUACCUUACUAAAGCUGAGAUAUGUGAUGUGUAUUUUUCUUUAGAAUUUGGUUUUGUAAAAAGGUGCUUAGAAUUGUGUGUGUCUUCAUGAAAUAGACAAUUAGGUCAAAAUAUGUCUAUGGUGAGAUUUCUUAUAGAUUAUUAAACUUGAAAUGUAUUUUAUGAAAACAAGAUGAACUAUAAUUCAGUUAAAUAACCAAAUACUGAAAUGACUUUAAAUAGGUAACUAUUUGAAUUUUUCUAGUGCAUUCAACAGGUGCCUAUUUGACUUGUACAU